AUGCAAAUCUUCGUAAAGACUCUUACGGGAAAAACUAUCACCCUCGAGGUUGAGGCCUCUGAUACUAUCGAGAAUGUAAAGGCCAAGAUUCAGGAUAAGGAAGGAAUUCCGCCUGAUCAGCAGCGACUUAUCUUCGCAGGAAAGCAGCUAGAGGACGGUCGCACUCUGUCCGACUACAACAUCCAGAAGGAAUCGACCCUUCACCUCGUUCUUCGCCUUCGUGGAGGUAUCAUCGAGCCUUCUCUCCGCCAGUUGGCUCAGAAGUAUAACUGUGACAAGCAGAUCUGCCGAAAGUGCUAUGCUCGCCUGCCUCCUCGUGCCUCCAACUGCAGAAAGAAGAAGUGCGGUCAUUCAAAUGAUCUCCGCAUCAAGAAGAAGCUGAAGUAA